AUGAGUACCGCCGCCCCUGGGCCGGCGCCAGCUGUGACAAAGCCUGGGAAAUGCCAGCGUAUCGUCUUCAUUGGUAGCACCAGAUACCUUGUCGAGCACAAAUGGAGAUUCGACGCUGCUCGCAACAAGGUGCGGUUGGAGACAAAGUUUGUGAAUAAGAAGAGCCCCAACAGGCCCUCGGAUAAGGAAACACGUUACGUCGAGAACACUGAAGAGGCUGCAAGCUCGGAAGCGUUAGAGAUGGCUGACAGAGUUCUGAAGAAGAAGCGAGAUGUGUUCCUGCGGGAGAACGGGGGGGACGCUGGUGGCAGCAGCAGCGGCAAGAAGAGGCGGAGGAACGCUGACGACGAACUAGCUGACCCAGUCAUCGUGGCUUUGCGGGGUGGCGGAAGGACUCGAUCUGGGGUGGAAACGGGCAAGCCAGAUGAACAAGAGGAUGCGGAAAGUUUCCUGGCUUUCUUGAACAGCAAGGAGUCAUCAAGCGACGCACUAGAAUUCUUGGCAUCUAAGGGUUUGGACGCUGCGAAGGAAGUCCGUCGCCGUAUUCGAGAGCUGGACGUUUUGGCAAGGGUCGGAGCUUCGUUGAAGAGAGCGAUUGAGCAGGCGCAGAAGCAACGAAGCACCAGCGACGGGCAUCGAACAUGGCAAACACUUCUCACUGCGGCGGCCUUCAUGGUCGAAGAUGAGGAGGGCUCGCAGCUAUCGGCCCAACGGACGGCCGCCGCGAUUAACGUCCGCAGACAGAGCUUUAACUUCGCGGUAGGCCGUGCCAAAAAGUUGAACCCCGAUGUCCGUCCGACCGAGGCGUUGAAGGACGGUGUCUACUGGUUCUCCCCCCGAGCCAAGAGGAGCGACGCAGCCAGCGAUGAACUGGUAUCGUUAAUGCGGCAAUACUGGCACACGGACGAGGUGUCGCGCGCGAGCGGCAACUCGGCCGACCGUGACAUGUGGAUUUCGUCCAAGUCCCCCAACGCUGAACGCCAUCCUAGGCGGCAGCUCAUCGAAGUGGGCGGGGGCGACGCGGUGUACGCGAAGUUCCUCAAGUGGGCGGACUACAGGAGCUUCAAGUCACGACAGGGGCCCGAAUUCACUGACCCCGGCCGCACGCUCUUCCUAUCGACGCGGUGCAAGUGCCUAACCCUUCCUGUCAUGGAACAGUGUGCGUGCAAGAUCCACUCGCAACAGGUGCUGUACAUCGAGGCGUUGGCGAACGUCGACAUGGCCAGCCACGGAGACUGCUCGUGCCGAUGGUGCACCGUGGACGGAGGCAGCAAAUGGCGGGAGACUUGGAAGCACCUAGGAACUUUCUCCGAUGCGAUCGCUUGCCCGAAGGUGAACUUGCGUGCAGAGGACCCGGAAGAUAAUGUUGGGUUCAUGGGGCGGAAACCGGAAUGUAGCGCCUUCAAGUGCAAGGAGUGUGGGUUCGGGGGGGCCAAGGGAAUCCCCACCUGCACCAGGCUGGAGACUUCUCAGAAGACGGUCGAGUGGAAGGAGUUCGAGGAUGUGAUCACGGUGCCUGCUUCGGCAGAUGGGAAGAUCAAAGCCAAGAAGCUCGCGAACCAGACCAUUCCCAAAGAGGGCAGGCUCUGCGACCUGUGGAAGGCCUUCAAACAGGACAGCAAGCUUUACAUGGCUCAUCACGCGACCGCCAAACACCACUUCGUGGGGGCCAACACUCCCAGGAACGACGCGCAAACCACGACGGAAGACCCCGAAGACAUCAAGCUGGCGCUGAAAAGGGAGGAGGGGGGUCGUUCGACGGGAGAAGAGGAGAGUCGAUUGGCGGGGCUUGGGGGGGUCAGAGUGAUGCAAGUUUCGGGAAGGUGGAAAGGGGUCGAGGGAAGCGGACCUGUCGAACCGAUGUCGGGCGAGGAGGUGGUUGUUGUGAGGAAGGAGACCCGGGUGCACAUGCUCAGAACCCGUUUGGCGUCGUGUUUUUGCUCGGCGUGCCAGCGUUUUCAGUACGAGGACUGCUACGUCAACCGGGCGUACCCGGACCUGGUUCCCCCAAUGAGGGAGGGUAAAGUGAAGGAAACGGUCAUCAUGGACACCGGAGUAGCGCUGGAAAGCGAAGGCAAAGCUGGCAUCACUUUCAGGUCCCGACAAAGCACGUGCAUGAAGUCGCGAGUUGACGAAUCGUUUCAAGGCCGUUGGAAGGUUCCGGCUGGUAACCUGGACGUGUCGUCGUUUGGAGGGAGACCAUUGCGUCCUGACGGCGUGGCACGGAUAAGGCAGAGCAUCAUGUCCAACGGCUGGGUUGACACACGUAUCAUCGCCUGCCGAGUUGCUGGUGACAAAAGUGUGUUGGACGAGGCCACGGCGAAGACAACGACCCUGAGAGUCAUAGAUGGGCGCCACAGAUGUGCAGCUCUUGUUGCAUUCAACGCCGCCAAGGAUUCAGGACAAGAGAUCUGCCCGCUCGUUGAUGUUCAUAGUGAAGUGGACGCCGAUACGGAGAGGUUGAUAGCUGCAAGUGCGCAGGGUAUCACCGAAGCAGUUGUCAAGACCACGUUAUUCGACCGGAUAGAUUCAACCAAGGCCGCUCGUAGCGGUGGUUCGCACGAAAAUGCCAAUCAGUCGGUUGCCAAUGCGAAAAAAGCCCCCAAGCAGGAAGGACUCGACGCUCUAGAGGACGUCACGGUGCUUCAGGGACGCCUAGCCGGACAUCGCGACCUCAACCCCUCACCGGACGGCCUGCAUUGUGAACGCGUUACACUGGAAGCCCUGCUUCGGCCCGAGUUCGCGGCAAUGCCGGGGGAAGAUCAAGCAGCGUACAUCUACCGCAUGGCCUCGUAA